AUGGACGUAAUUGCUGCCGCUUUGAUUACCCUAAGAGGCCAAGUGACAAAACUCGUCCCAAAAGAAAUGCUGAUGUUGAAAUCAAAGCCCGUCUCUACAUACGGAAACGUGAAAAAUGAGACUCCUGAUUUUAUUGGAAAUCAUGGCUCUGCUCAAGCAUCAUUUAUAGCACGUAAAGAUAAAUUACAAGUUUUAAGUACAGAACAGCACUCCUCUUUUGCUGAUGAAGUACAAAGAGCGACAGACCCAUUACGUGUACUAAAUCAAUGUGGCGAUGCUGUGUACACUCCUGUUGCUCCUUGUACUUCACACGUAAAUUUCGAAAAUAAUAAUGAAGGUGAUGGUCAUGAUCCAAUAUAUGACCAUGAACUAUACCUUGAUAAUUUAGCUGCAUUACUAGCUGAUGAUAAUAAUGAUCAUCAAAAUCUAUGCGGUCAAAAUAUAGAACAAAAUAUUGGUGACAUGGAAGAUACAUUGACUUUAGACUCUAUCUCAAGGCACCGCUUUUCAGACUCAGAGUUUGAAGCAAGUAUAGCAAGUCUUGAUGAUUCCCAGAAAGUCCCUUAUGAGAAGGUCCUUGAGUAUUCAAGAGCAGUACAUGAUUUUCAAAUGAGGACCAGACAGUCAAUGCCCAGCCAUUUUCGUAUGUUUAUAACAGGUGGUGCUGGAACUGGUAAAAGCCAUGUAAUAAGUGUCAUCAAAAAGCAUUUAGAAAGAGCUCAUAUUGGUGCUGGAAAUGCUUGUGUUUUAUUGGCACCAACUGGUGUUGCAGCGUUUAAUAUUGGUGGAUUAACUAUUCACCAGGCUCUCAAUCUUCCUGUAGAGCAUGGAAACUCCACCACCGACAAAAAGCUUGUAGCUGAGAGAUUAAAGGAUCUUAGACAAUCAUGGAAAAAUGUGAACACCAUAAUAAUAGAUGAGAUAACUAUGGUCUCACACUUAACAAUGUCCUUCAUUCACAAGAGGCUAACUGAAAUUAAAGGAACUGAUGACACUGACGUUCUCCUUGGAGGACUGAAUGUCAUUGCAGUAGGUGACUUCUUUCAGUUGCCACCAGUGAGGGACAAAUUUGUAUUUCAAGAUGGCAGAGGCUAUAAUCCAGGCUCAACACACAUGUGGAGGGAUGAGUUCAAACUAAUAGAACUAACUCAAAAUAUGAGACAAAGAGGAGACACAGAAUAUUCAGAUAUUCUCAACCGUGUCAGAACUGGUUCUCAGACAAAGGAUCCCAUUGAUGUCAGUCAACCUCCAUUUGUUGAUGCAUUACGCCUAAUGCCUUUAAAAGAACAAGUAGAAGAAUAUAAUGACAGUAGAUUGAAAGACUUAUCACACUCUACUAAAAUAUAUGAAUUUGAUGCAGAGCAUUCAAUAGUAGAGUCAACAACACUGAUUCCUGGUGUAGUAUCACAUGAAGUCCCAGAGUCACUCAUAUCUUCCAAUAAUAGAGAUUGUGCUGGCUUAUCACGUAAAGAAGGAUUAGUAAAUGGAGCUAGAGGAAUAAUUGUUGGUUUCUCUUGGCCAAAUGGAGCUGAUGAUCAAGCAAAGAAAGGGGACUUACCACAAAAAGUAUAUGUAAAAUUUCAUGACCCACGUGUAGGUCUGGUGAGCCGUGUCACAAUUGAUGAUUCGUCUGAACAAGAAGCUGUCCCAAUAGAACCAGUCAUGGCCAAGUUUUAUGGCAAGCAAGGAGUAACAUUACAGCAUACGCAGUUACCAUUACUACCUUGCUGGGCAGCUACUAUACAUGAAGUUCUGGGUCUAUGUCUUGAUGCUGCAGUAAUUGAUUUAGGUCCUAAAAUGUUUGAAGAUAGAAUGGCAUAUGUUGCCUUAAGUAGAGUAAGAACACUCCAAGGAGUUGCUCUACUAGGACUAGUCGAAAAGAAAAUCACAUCAUCAACAGUAGCAAAUGAUGAAAUGGAUAGACUAAGGAACCAUAGAUUAUAAAUGAUGAUGUGUCUUCUGGG